GAUCUAUCCUGACUAUGACCGUGCUGUUCCUGCCCUAACUCCCCUUGAUAGCCAUAACUAUGGAGUGGAACUUCCUCUCCAGGUCGAAGAGCCAGUCCGGCAAGUCGACGGCAUCAUCAUCAAAAAAACCAGACUAUGGCUUGCACACUAUUGUGGACAGAGAUUCAGCGGCAACCGAGGCUAUCGACAUUAUCGCUAUCCACGGGUUGAACGGAGACUACCUGCGGACAUGGACCGAUGAGGCAACCGGGACGAACUGGCUCAAGGACCAUGUGACCCGAAUUGUACCCGCGUCGCGGGUUAUGUCGUUUUCGUACAACUCGAAGCUCCAAUUCAGCAAGUCGACAUCCGAUGUUCUGGACUUCGGAGACCAGCUGCUGGAGUGUCUGCUUGCCGAGAGAGAGACAGUCGAGGAGAGCCAGCGCCCGUUGAUUUUCAUAUGUCACUCUCUCGGAGGGCUCGUGUUCAAGCAGGCCUACCUGAGAGCGCUUGAUAGCGAAAAGUACAUGUUCCUGGCCAAGUACAUCAACGGCGUCUUCUUCUUCGGCACGCCACACAAGGGCUCCUCGCUGGCAAACUGGAGCACCAAGACGGCGCGACUUCUCAGGAUGGCGUCUCUGGGAACGAGCACGAACGCGCAACUCUCGAUAGAUCUGGAGCCGAAUUCCAGGCUCACUCAGAUAUCGAGGUCGUUCUUGGACCGCUGCUCUGGCCUGCAUAUUGUCUCUUGCUACGAGACGCGCAAGAUGGAUUUCCUCAACGCCUUGGUCGUAGAGCGCGAAUCUGCCAUCCUCGGACUCGAGGCAGAAAUUAAAAUACCGAUUGAAAGCGACCAUAGGGGGAUCUGCAGAUUCGGCGAUUUCAACGAAAAGAGAUUCAAGGUCGUCAAAUCGAGAUUGGACGCCAUGGCUCGGACGGCGCGAACGUCGACGUUUCUGGAAAUGGACAGCCUGAUGAGGGCGCUGGACACGUCCAACUAUGAAGCUCACAAGAGUAGAAAUCCGUCCCCGGUAGAGGGAACGUGCACUUGGAUUCUGGAAAAGCCUGCGUAUAAGGCCUGGUUGGAAUCGGCAAGCUCGUUUCUGUUGUGGAUGUCAGCCGAUCCCGGUUGCGGAAAAUCGGUUCUCGCUUCAUUCUUGAUCGACCACAUCAUGAAAACGUCUCGUGGCGACAAAACCAACGUUUGCUACUUCUUUUUCAAGUCCGACAACCUGGAGCAGUCAGAGGUUGCCACUGGCAUUCGGGCCAUCCUGCACCAGCUAUACGGCCAACAGCAGAACCUCGCCAGUUAUGCAGCGAGCCAGCUUCGAGGUGGGAACCUUGAAGCCGUGGAGACGUUGUGGAAGGCUUUCAUUUCUUCAAUCGAACACAAAGAUGCAAAUCCCACCAUUUGCAUCUUGGAUGGCCUCGACGAGUGCGAACCUCAGUCGAGAGGGGUAUUGUUGCGAUGCAUAACCAACUACUUCGAAGCGCAGGAAGGGGCGUCUAACAAGGUCGGGCAAAAACCUCAACUUAGGUUAUUCAUAUCGAGCCGUUACGAGAACCAAAUCAAAGUCGCACUCGAUAAGCCCCGCAAGUCCACGAAUAAUCUGGCCUCGCGAAAAACGUCCAAGCCGUACAGCAUGAUCCGCCUGCGAGCGGAAGACGAAACAGGGGCCAUCAGCAGCGACAUCUCAAAGGUCGUCGCAGCCAAGAUUGAGGAUCUGAUUGAUCGCGGUCUUCCCGUCGGCCUGCUUCAGAACCUCCAAGACGAGCUUGUCAAGCGUGCCGAUCGUACGUUUCUCUGGGUAUCGCUGGUGAUUAGUUUGCUGGAGGAGAAAGUAGAAAAUGGUGCAUCGCGGCGGGAGCUCGAUGAUAUCGUCAGGACGAGAAGCAUAUACAGCGUCUACGCAGCAUUACUUGCUUCACGUCCGGACUUACCUAAAGCCCGAAAGAUGCUCAACCUCGUCCUGGCAGCCACUAGGCCGCUUACUGUCGAAGAAACUAGCAUUGCACUUGCUGUAGUUCCCGAGGAGGACAACUUGAGAGAUACGCCGGCCGAGAAAAGGCCUAAACUUCCCGGACGGCUGAGUUUCGACGACGUUGAGUACGAGCUCGUGUAUCCCUACGAGAACCAUAUCAAGCAUUUGUGCGGCCACUUCGUGCGAAUCAUCAGGAACAAGGUGUAUCUGGUGCACGAGACAGCGCGCGAGUUCCUCCUGGCCGAGAACAAGCCACGACAUGCAGCCGCAUCCCAAGAGAAUACAGAGGCUGCCGAUGAAGGACUCUGCACGUACUCGCUCGAGUUCCAGCCAGAAACAUUCCAACAUACCUUCUCCCUCGCUGGCGCAAAUGCGAUCCUCCUCGAAAUAUGCGUUGCCUUUCUCUACUGUCUGGCCAAGCCGUCGAAAAGCUCACAGCCGGGAGAGACGAGCCCGGAGGUUAAGGAGUUUCUCUCUUACGCGGCUCAAUCUUGGACGAUACACCACCAUCGCGCCAGACGAUGGCUCGACGAACGAGACAGUCGAUACUACCAGAACCUCUGUCACCCGUUGUUUCCAGGGUUCGUUCGCUGGAUAGAGGAAUUUUGGCAUCCUAAAGGGCCACUGCAUAUCCCAGGAGCCCCGGAUGACGUCCAAGACUACUACAUCGAUUUCUUCAACCUCGAUAUCCCGCCCUCGUUGUCGUAUGACAGCACGGACAGGCAGGACAACAGCGACGUGUCUGGUUCUGAGUUGAGUGAAGGUGAGGGGUCUGAGGUAUCGGAGGAAGCCCAGGAGGCCGGCGGCAUGGCAUGCGGAUACGGAAGGACUGGUGAGAGAAGAGAUGAAGUUGCUCGACUGAGUGUGCCGUCGCGGCGAGAUGUGGAGGCCAGCCUGUCCAGCAACCCAGGUUCGCUUAGCAACUACUACUUUCCUCUCACAGUUGAUGAGAAUGGUCUGGUGUCUCUGAAGUUUGAGCCAGGACGGGCUGGGGGUCCUCCAGAGAAUGGCCGGUAAAAUGUCGACGUAGAGAAAGCUCGGCCAUGUAUGUUGCUGUCACCUAUUCAUGUCAGUCGUGGUUCGCGCUUGGAUGGCCCUUGGAGAACGCUGCGGGGGAGGCUCCGGCAAGGGUGCAGUUGAGUGUGAGCUUUCCCGGAACCGCGCCAGCCAAGGGCAAAUGCAAUGAAGAGACGGCGAAAUUCGACGAACAAAAAAAGCCGUUUAGGGUUCAUCUAAUGUUUCCCACCGGGGCUGGCCCUGGGAACGAUAAGGGGCAUCAUGUUGGUGUAUGACGUGGUGUCAAAGGGUGUAAAUGGUGUUGGAAACGAGGAUAAUCUAGCAAAGUGAAGCCCAAUACCUCAGGGUGGUGUAACCGACCGCUUUUCUAUUCGAC